UGAGAGGGUGGAGGGGAAGAGGUUGGCGACGUUUGCGCUUGGCGUUUCCUCCUAUGAGAUCACCGGCGGCGCGCAGGCGCAGAGGAGGGAGUGUGACUAUUCUAGAUGGUGGGUGGCCGGGGUUCUGGAGGUUAACCGAAAGCGGCAAAAAUCACCAUUUUUCCCCAGGUACCGAGAAGAUUCCACUUUCCACUGCGAAGUCUCAUGAUGGGAAAGCUUCCAAUCGCGUCUGACUGGGGGUCUCCAGGUUAUUCCUUCUCCUGUGCCGCCAUUCAAGAAAUUAAGCACCUGUGACCGCAGACUGGGCAGUUGCGGCUACAGCAGGCCCCGUAUCAGGACCCCUGUGUGUGGCACCCUCCUAUAUAUCUUCCCCUUUCCCUGCUUUGGGGCAGGAGGCUUCUAGGAACUCUUGCAGAGUGGUGCUUUGCUGUUUCAGCAGGUCCCUGAGCAAAGCCAGGAUGAAGCUGGUGCGGAAGGACAUUGAAAAAGACAACGCAGGGCAGGUGACCCUCAUCCCUGAAGACGCCGAAGACAUGUGGCACACCUACAAUCUACUGCGGGUGGGUGACAGCUUGCGAGCUUCCACCAUUCGCAAGGUGCAGACGGAGUCUUCCACAGGCAGCGUGGGCAGCAACCGCAUCCGUACCACGCUCACGGUCUGUGUUCAGGGCAUCGACUUUGAUUCGCAGGCGUGCCAGUUGCGUGUCAAAGGUACCAACAUCCAGGAAAAUGAGUAUGUCAAGAUGGGAGCCUACCACACCAUUGAGCUGGAGCCCAACCGUCAGUUCACCUUGGCGAAGAAGCAGUGGGACAGUGUGGUGCUGGAAAGGAUUGAGCAAGCUUGCGAUCCGGCCUUCAGUGCCGACGUGGCUGCGGUGGUGAUGCAGGAAGGGUUGGCCCACGUCUGUCUGGUGACCCCAAGCAUGACCCUGACCCGAGCCAAGAUUGAGGUGAACAUCCCUAGAAAGCGGAAAGGAAAUUGCAGUCAACAUGACCGAGCGCUGGAGAGAUUCUACGACCAAGUGAUGCAAGCAAUUCAGCGUCACAUCUCCUUUGAUAUUAUAAAGUGUGUGCUUGUGGCCAGCCCAGGCUUUGUGAGGGAGCAGUUCUGUGACUACAUGUUCCAGCAAGCAGUGAAGACAGACAACAAACUGUUGCUGGAGAAUCGCUCAAAAUUCUUGCAGGUACACUCUUCCUCCGGACAUAAAUAUGCAUUGAAAGAAGCUCUAUGUGACCCAGCAGUAACCAGUCGACUCGCUGAUACUAAAGCUGCUGCGGAAGUUAAAGCCUUAGAUGAUUUCUACAAGAUGCUACAACAUGAGCCUGACCGGGCAUUUUAUGGUCUCAAGCAUGUGGAACAGGCCAAUGAGGCAAUGGCGAUUGAUACGUUGUUGAUCAGCGAUGAACUCUUUAGGCAUCAAGAUGUAGCUACUCGGAGUCGUUACGUCAGGCUAGUUGAUAGUGUGCGUGACAACAUGGGUACCGUUCGCAUCUUCUCUAGCCUUCAUGUGUCUGGCGAGCAGCUUGGGCAACUUACAGGUGUAGCCGCCAUCUUGCGUUUUCCCGUUGCUGAGCUUUCUGACCAAGAAGAUGAAUCUAGUUCUGAAGACGAUUGAUGACACCUUUUCUUCUUCUGAUAUCACAAGAAGACUACAGCGUUUGGGAGAUUCUUCUCCAACAUAUUGUGAGCCUUUGUACUGUGCCUUACAAAUAACUUUUGAGGACAGUAUUUUUGCAAGUGACUGUAUGGGUGAGCAUUUGGCACAGUGCUCGUUGCAGCAUAUUUAUCUAUUUCCCUUGCUGUGUUGCUGAUUAUGAUGGUAACUGGUGCAAAGAUGUAGAUCUCUGCUGGCAAAAGCUGAUUACAAAAAACAUUGGGUUUGUCUCUGUGGACUGUAUUUUGAAUGAACUAUGUAUCUUAACAGUAAACAUAAUUGACGGUUUGCAGAUGACGUACAACAAAAUAAAGCAAAACCAGGGGAAAAAA